AUGAAGCCGCUCCCCUUUCCUCUUCCCUUCAACAUCGGCACUGACAUUGUCCACCUUCCCCGCAUAACCCGCCUGCUCCAGCGCCCCGGCUACCUCACCCGCUUCACCCGGCGAAUCCUCAGCGAGCACGAACAGCACGAUUUCCACGUCCGCUUCAAAGACACCAUCGCGCCAAAUUUCCACUCCUCGUCGUGCCCUCCCUCCAAUGUUGGCUCACAACCCCCCAUCACACCAGAAAUGACGCGCUGGCUGGCCGGCCGCUUCGCCGCCAAGGAAGCCGCGCGCAAAGCCGCACCCGACGGGGCAGCGUCAAUUGGGUGGAAAGAUGUCGUCGUUCGGACGCAAGAGGCCCGCGGGACGGAGAUUCAGGGCACGAGCCGUCGGCCGGAGGUCGUGUACUUGGGGCCCGACGCGCAUGAGAGUCUUGCGCGGGUGGGCCGGUUGUCUAUCUCGCAUGACGGGGACUAUGUGGUCGCGACUGUGUUGGCCGCUGGGUGA